AUGACUCUCUUCAAGGAUCGCAAAUUCUGCAAGCUACUCACGAGCGUUGACAAGAACGCGCAGGAAGGUUACAUGGGCAAUGUGUUGGAAAACGGCAUGUUCCCCUCCAACAAUUACGGCUCCGUGGAGCGCUUUUCCGCCGACGCGGAGAAGAACAAGCUCGGCUCCAGCGAUUCCAUAUCGAGUUGCGUCACCCAGGUCUCAAUCAAGCAGCGGGACGAGCGAGCGCCCGUCGAGAACGACACGAACCUGGAUUACGAGGCUGAGAGCGACAAGAGGGAGGAGAGCAUUUCUGAGGAGGUCGGCGCGAAGCUGGUGAGCGUGGACGAGCAUGGAAUCAGGACCUAUCGCUGUUCAAACUUAAUUAUUUUUGACUACGACGACACCAUCCUGCCCACGUACUCGCUCACCCUCCUCCAGAGGCCCAGGUUCACCACGAAGCUGUCGGAGGAGGUCAUUCAGGAGCUCGGCAAGCUCGGCGACGCAGUUUUAGAGAACUUCAUGACUGCUUUAAGCUACGGCACCAUCGUCAUCGUCACCAACGCCAGCUCCGACUGGGUGUCCCAGAGCGUCGAGAGGUACCUGCCUAAGGUCGGCGAGUUCCUCAUCAAGUACAAAAUCAGGAUCAUCUCAGCUCGCGACAGGUUUGGGAACUCUCUGCUCGCCCAGAAACACUGGAAGUACUUCAUUUUCAUUGACCUGAUUGAGGAGCAGUUCAUCAGACAGCUCAAGUCUGGCGAGCCGUUUUCCGUGAUUUCCAUCGGCGACGGCUCUGAGGAGCGCGACGCCUGCAUGAAGUUGGUUAGCAUUUUUAAGAAUCAGGGCUGGACGUUCAAGAAUUUAAAAUUUUUGAACCAGCCCAGCUACAACUGCCUAACUUUGGAGCACAUUCUGCUCCAGAAGUCCUUUAAGAACUUUAUUGAAAUUGACUCUUCUGCCGAUUUGUGCAUUCAGUUCGACAAAUCCACAAACUAA